AUGAUUUUCUACGCAUAUGUCAAACAGAUCACGGACAACGUGACCUAUCGAUAUGUGAUUACCUUUGCUAGCCGCGAAGUUGCGGAUGAGUGGUGGCGCGCCGUGUCCACUUCCGCCGUCACUAGUUUUGUCACCAGUGUUCAGCGUGUCAAUGCCCAGUUCUACACUCAUAACGUGAACGUGGCAAACGCCGCCAACUCCCUCACCACGACUGGGGUUGCGACUCAAUUCCUCGGUAAGGUGUUUUUCACCUUGCUGAACGACCUGGGUGGUCGCGGCUUGAGCAUCAUCCCACGGCUCGAACGUUGCGCGGACCACAUCAGUGGAAACUCUUUCUUCGUUCGCUCCAAAGUCGCUCCUCACGACUAUUGGUACUAUCCCCCAUCUUCUAACGCGACGAACGCAGUCUGUGUUUCGCGCACUGAACGCACUCGCUUCACCGUUAGUCGCACCGACAGCGGUACUGCAGGGACCGUUAUGAUUGGCUCUGACAAUGUCGUUAUCACGUUGACCACCGUCGAUCUGUCCGUCAACGUCAAUUCCACCACUGGUCAGGUGAUCCUUUCACUUGCUCCUCUGUCGGGGUUGACUUUUAGUACCCUUUUGACCAACUUCACCGUUGGGCCUUCCUUGUCUGUGGACGGUGAGACCGCGAAAGAACUCCUCUACACGGAGAACGGGGAAGAGUGGGAACUCGCUUGAAUGGCUAUCAUUUGAAACAAAGUUGUCUUGUACUUGUACUGCUUUAGUCUCCCCGUUAUGCAUUU